CUUCCUUCCUCUUCCUGCGUGCCUCACUGUAGUUGUCAAGUAGGGCAGAGCACACAUCCUGACUCCACACACACUGCCAGACUCUGCUCACUCCUUCUCUGGGAUGAGUUUUGUUGUCCAUGGCUGCCCCGACAGCAGGCGGAUGGGGGUAACAGUGGAAUGCCCUGGCUAGAGGAGGGAUGAAGAGAUGGAGAAAGAGAAGAGGAAGUUUAAAGUCAGCCAGUUAUUGAGUCUCUACCUGUUCAAGAGGCAGCACAGUAAGGCUUUAGCGAAUGCCACUCAGUCCAGAGAGGAGACUAACAGCACCACAAACUCGGCUCAGUCUAGUGCAGCUUUAACCGAUGAACAUACGACGUGGACGGAAGAUGGUGACAUCAAGGAGAUCAACAUCACACAUGUUGUUAAGGAGGGGGCGGAGAAAGCAGACCCCUCACAGUUCGAGCUGCUCAAAGUGCUGGGGCAGGGCUCCUUUGGAAAGGUGUUUUUGGUACGAAAGGUAACCCCUCCUGACAGUAAUCAGCUCUACGCCAUGAAGGUCCUGAGAAAGGCAACACUCAAAGUGAGGGAUCGUGUGAGAACUAAAAUGGAGAGAGACAUCCUGGCAGACGUCAACCAUCCGUUUGUGGUUAAACUCCAUUAUGCUUUUCAGACUGAGGGUAAGCUCUAUCUGAUUCUGGACUUCCUCAGAGGAGGGGAUCUAUUCACCAGGCUGUCAAAAGAGGUGAUGUUCACAGAAGAAGAUGUGAAGUUUUAUCUGGCUGAACUGGCACUGGGUCUAGAUCACCUGCACGGCCUCGGCAUCAUCUACAGAGAUCUCAAACCUGAGAAUAUCCUCCUGGACGAAGAGGGACAUAUCAAACUCACAGAUUUUGGACUGUGUAAGGAGGCUAUCGACCUUGAGAAGAAGGCUUACUCCUUCUGUGGGACAGUGGAGUACAUGGCUCCAGAGGUGGUUAACCGGCAGGGACACAUGCACAGCGCUGACUGGUGGUCAUUUGGGGUACUGAUGUUUGAGAUGCUUACAGGUUCACUGCCAUUCCAGGGAAAAGACAGAAAAGAAACGAUGAGUCUCAUCCUGAAAGCCAGGUUAGGGAUGCCUCAGUUCCUGAGUGCUGAGGCUCAAAGCUUACUGAGAGCUCUGUUCAAGAGGAACCCCACCAACAGACUGGGAUCUGGACCAGACGGAGCUGAGGAAAUCAAACGCCAUUCAUUCUUCAUGACGAUUGAUUGGAAUAAACUCUUUAGACGAGAAAUAAAACCUCCAUUCAAGCCAGCUGUGGCCAGACCUGAUGACACCUUUUACUUUGACUCAGAGUUCACUUCUCGUACCCCUAAAGAUUCCCCAGGUGUUCCCCCCAGCGCAGGGGCUCAUCAGCUCUUCCGGGGCUUCAGCUUUGUUGCCACAGCGAUGCUAGAGGAGGAGGGCAAAGAAGAGCCCUCUCAGCCCCCUCCACACCCUGUGGUACAGCAGCUUCACGGUAAGAACAUCUUGUUCAGUGACGGUUACUUACUGAAGGAGGACAUCGGCAUGGGCUCUUUCUCUGUCUGCAAACGCUGCAUACACAAAGCAACCAACACAGAGUAUGCAGUGAAGGUAAUUGAUAAAACAAGCACCGACCCAUCAGAAGAGAUUGAGAUCCUGCUGAGAUACGGCCAGCACCCUAACAUCAUCACUCUCAAAGAUGUGUAUGAUAAUGGGAAGCAGGUGUACCUGGUCACUGAGCUGAUGCGAGGAGGUGAACUGCUGGACAGAAUCCUCAAGCUGAAGUUUUUCUCAGAAAGAGAGGCUAGUGCUGUGCUGCACACUAUCACAAAGACUGUGGAAUACUUGCACUGUCAAGGGGUUGUGCACAGGGACCUGAAGCCAAGUAAUAUUCUGUAUGUUGAUGAGUCUGGAAAUCCAGAAUCUCUGCGCAUCUGUGAUUUCGGUUUUGCCAAGCAACUCCGGGCAGACAAUGGCCUCCUCAUGACGCCCUGCUAUACUGCCAACUUUGUAGCACCCGAGGUACUGAAAAGACAGGGCUAUGAUGAGGGCUGUGACAUUUGGAGUCUUGGAGUAUUACUAUACACUAUGCUUGCUGGUUUUACACCAUUUGCCAACGGACCAGAAGACACUCCAGAAGAGAUUCUGAGUCGGAUAGGGAGCGGGCAAUUUACUCUGACGGGAGGCAACUGGGACGAGGUGUCUGAUGCUGCCAAAGAUCUGGUCUCUAAGAUGCUCCAUGUGGAUCCUCACCAGCGACUCACAGCCAAGCAGGUCCUGAAGCAUCCGUGGAUCAUUCAGAGAGACAAACUUCCCAACAGCCAGCUACAACAUCAAGAUGCCAAGCUUGUCAAGGGGGCGAUGGCCGCCACAUACUCAGCACUGAAGAGUUCCCAACCACCCCCUGAGCUGAAGCCCAUCGAGUCCUCAUUCCUGGCGCAGAGACGGGUGAAAAAGCUUCCUUCCACAUCUCUGUAGAGAACGAGGGAAGGAGACAUGGAGAAGUACUCCAGACUGAAUGCAGUUGUGGAAAGGAUGGAUGGAUGGAAGAACCACACUGAAGCUCUACAGACUAAAGACGGUCUCUUGAACCUGCCCAUGACAACAGCACUGCAGUGGAGCUGUCAAGCACGCUAGGCAAGGGAGGUGAUUGGCUGAUGAAGUUUGAAGGGCGUGGCCAGUGAGGGUUCCAUUCUCCCUUAGAAGUAGGGCUGUGUGUUUGUGUGUGUGUAUGAGAGAGAGAGAAUUAAAAAAACCGGGUAAAGGAUACUGUUAUAAAAUAGAUGAUAUUCCCAGUGCAUUUGUCUUGGUACUGUAAUACCUAAAUAUCAACACUGCUGAGUUUCUUUUUUAUUUCUCGGUUUUUGUUUAUUUUUUUUAUCUCUAUAGUUUGUUCAACUGGAUUUCAUGUUUGAUCUGUCUCCUCUUGGAAGCUUUUCAAUUGUUAUGCUUUCCAAUUGUCCAGUAGAUCUCUCUUAGUCAGUCUCUUCCUAAAAGCUCAAAGUGGCCUUUAGGAGAAGCAGAGAUGUUCCGGUACAAUAUUUCACCCACAUGGACGAGUAAAGGUUAAAUAUAUCUUCCAUAAUGAUCCGGUGAGCAUGUUCACAUGACUAUCAACCUAAACAUAGUGGAGAAUGGAAGUGCUUUCUGCAUGGAUUUGUACAAUGCUGUCUUGUUUCUUUCUUGUUUCCCCAACCUGGCACUUUUGCUUGGUGAACCUGUCAGCACUGUUGAGGACUGUUCAGAAAAUGUCUUCUUGUGUGUAUUAAAGUAAAGAAUGAAAAAAGUGUGUACGUGAGAUGACAUCUGAAGCUUGUGGCAUGGAAAAAUGUUGCUCUUGUUAGACCAGUGCUUUUUCUGGAUAUUGACUGCUGUCUCCUGUCUCCUGUGUUUUGAUUUUGUUGUUGUUGUUUUGCUUAAAGAGAAGUUAUUUUAUAAAGGCACAUUGAACACAAAAGUGUAUAAAUAUGACCACUGAGGAAAUGACUUAAUGAUUGUGUAUAUUUUUACCUUGUCUGUCCUAUUCCUUGUUCUCCCUGCGUUCAGAUGCCUAGUGUGGUGGAACUAUCAACUGUGUUGUGCUCAGGCUGUUCUUAGCGAUGCCUUGCAAAUUCAUGAAGCCUUGUCUUGCUCAAGUAUUGCACCCUUUACCAGUCAAACACAUCUUAAAAGUUUUAGGAUGUGCUUGCAGUAUUGUUUUGCAUUCCCUUUUCCACAAUUCUUGAAUUAUUAAGAAUUAUGAAAAUGUCUUUGCUCCAACAUAAACAAUUAGAAAAGCACCUAGUUCUGAUUGUUUUGAUUAUUAAAACGAAUAGUUUGACUAGGAAUAGCUCGCUCCAAAAUGAAAAUUGUAACAAUUUAUUAACCCUCAUGUGUUUCCAAAACUAUAUUGUAUGACUUUUUAUAUUCCACAAAAGAAGAUAUUAAGUGGAAUGUCCAAGCUAUAUUUAAGGACCAGAAAUUCACUUUCAUCCUAUUGAAAAGAAUAUCAUGGUCAUUCUGCUAUAAACAGAAAGUGAUACAGGUUUGGAAUGACAUGAGGGUGAAAAUUGUUCAGUCACUUUAAAAACAGUAACUGGAACAAAGUUACAGAACUAUGUCCAAAGUGUUAAAAACCAUAGUUGGUCUCUGUAAUUGUGCGUUCUGUUUCUCCCAAACCUUAUUUGGUCUUUGUGUGGUAUCUGGGGUUAUUAUUGCCUAAUCUU